AUGAAAUCCCAACAGACACCCGAUCCCACCCAGAAUAAAACACUUACCCCAAAACGAAAGCACCGCAAACGUCGAGACCCAGACACCUGGAUACCCCCCAAACCAACCCUCCCAUCCUUCUCCCCCCUAUACAAUGGACAAAACGAACUAAUAAUCGAGGUCAUCAUCCUACCCUACCCAGCCGCAUACGGAAUUACCGACACAAGACGCACCUGGACCGCGGACGUCGAACCGCCAGCUCCCCUCAAGAAAGGGAGCCUCAUCACUCUGAUCACUGACUCAGGAUCCUCCGGGACAGGACUCCUCUCGGCAAUCUGCGAACUUAGACGCCACUGGGUCACGUUCUCCAUCUCCGGCGCCACUCCGCCAUGCAACCUACGUGUACCUGUCCCGUGGACGCGUCUCGACGGACUCGAAGGCUUCACGCACCAGAACCACUACCAAUCCCUUAGCGACUUCCCUCCCCCCCACCACGCUCUACGGCAUGCCCACCCUAAGGUCGGUCCACACGAAUACCCCUACGCCCGCAAUGCGAACGAAGACGAGAUCGACGAGUUCAAGAACCGGCUGGCACGGAUCACAAACUCGCACUUAGCCAACCCGGAACCGAAAACGAAACACACAACGAGGAUCCCUCCCCCGGCUGAAGCCAAGACGGUUCCUAAGCCCGCCCCCCAGCGGAGGCGAAAAGAGGCAACGAUACACCCAGCCAAUGGCAGCAACGCCCAACACACCGACCCAAUCACAGCCCACGACGCCACUAAGAGAGAUGCCGAGCUCGCGCGAUCGGCACCCAGCCUCAACCCACCGACCGAAAAUGAGGUAGACGAGGAGGAACACCAAUCACCCCCACCGCAACAGAAGGGCCAACCCGAUACCCGCAACCCCAACGAGAACUAUGAGGUGAUCGCCCCCGGGGCCACUCGCAGACAGACGAACGAAGUACCAACACCCCUCCUCGCCAGAGAGGCGAACCUCCAUCAGGGAAGCAUGCUAGGACCCGAGGGAGGCGUAACCCAGACGCGCGCCCCGCAUCCCUUAAACCAACGAACAAGCCCUGGCCUGCCCUCCAACCCCCCGAGGUCCAAGCUACGCCGUCUCCUUCCAGCAGACACGCAACCCCAGGUCGCUCUCGUCCCCACAAGCCACCCCCAGAUGUCCGCGAACUCCACGAACCCAGCUCAGCCGCCGGCCCAGACACCGGGCCUAACCCGCCAGCCGUCCAUCAGCAACCAGAACUCGCAAACCCGCGUCCCAAACAACCCCUGGAACAGCGGGAGACGCUCUCCGGGCCAACCAGGCUCCCCGUCCUUCGCGGCCGUGGCUGCGAACAAGGACUCGACGCGUAUGCGAGACAUCAGAAAUGCUCUGGCGCCCUCCAACGCCCAGACAAAUGUCGCGACCCCCACGCCCACGAUGCCCGACCCGACGAACGUCGCCAGCGCCCUGGCAAGCAACCAGACCACCACGGCGAAGGUGCUGGACACCCAGCCCGGGGCCGCGGCCGAGACCGUGCGGACGCCCACCCCAGCCAAUACGCAACCCGAGCAGCCUAAGAAGAAAAAGGCCAAAAAGACGGUGAUCGCCGCCGUGGGUCUCGGACUCCCGAUAAUCCCAGCCGACCCAGUGCGGCUCGCGACCCCCCACGACGCCCAGGCGCGGCCCACCGACGGCAAACGAAAACGCCAACGUAUCGAGGACUACUCCGACGAUAGUGACGAGGCCUCGCGCCCCCAGCCAGUCACCAGAGUCCAGAACCAGCCAAGGCAGCUCCCCGACACUACCGAGUCCCCCAAGAACGACCUCCUACUCACGCCGGGCUACAACUCAGACCGAGAGCCAACCGUCGGAGACAUCGAUGCGUACAACGGCUUCGACCCAUCGAAUAUCAACCCGGCCCACCGCCCCCCUCCCUUCCCACAAAGGCCAGACCAAUGGACCCCCGGGAACGACCCCAGCUGGGCCCCCCCGUCGAUCCAGGAGGACAUCUUCUGGAGUGGAGGACACGCAAACCACGCAGCGGGCCCCCCAAACCAGGCGCCGGCCACACAAGGCGACUUCGAGGACACGGAGAUGGACGAGAUGAUCAGGAACUUCGGAUUCCCGAACCCCACCGGCCCCCCGCCAAGACAGCCCCCUCGCGUAUCCCAAACCUACGAGCGCCAACACAGGCCUCAUCCACCGAGCCACCCCCCCUCGUACGGCCCGAACGCCCCCCGCGGAACAGACCCUCCUACCUACGCACAAGGGAACCCACUGCCACCCGCGCUGUGGAACCCCCCCCAACCAUCGCAAUGGAACAUCUUCCCUCCUGCCCAGUGGAACGCGCCCCCAGUCGCCCCGACAUACCAGACGCAACCCCGAGACACGCCAGCCCCCCCACAGUCGCUAGGCCGAGCACCAACGCCAAGGCUACAAGCCGCCCCCCAGCCGCCGUACAACCCCCCAGGAGACGCGCCGGGCGAACCCCAGUUCGAUGUUCCGACCCCGCGCUGGCGUCCGGCGCAAUCAACGAGACCCCCAGUCACGCCGCCACGGCGACCACCGGCACCUCGACUGAACCCGACGGGUGAGACAGCCGCGCAGUCGCGCCCCCAGUCCCGAGCCGCAUCGAUCAUCUCAUACGCAUCGCACGCCGACGCCGCCCAACGUAACGCCCGAAGGGAAGACGACGACAUGGCAGUUGACGAAGAGGCCUGGCAGAUCCAAGGCGAUUACCCACUCCCCCAGGAAGCCCCGCAGAACCCCUACGUCUUUGGCGAGGCCCGGCAACCCACACAAUACAACGAACAAUACCCCUUCAACCCCCUGACACAGACCUUCCCGCCGAGCAACGGCCCCGCGGACCCAGGCCCCAGCCGAGCGUCCUUCUUCGCACAGGCCUUCAAACCCACGACGGUAACCCCUAGGCCCGAGGGCGACUGGAGGGAAAUCCAGGGUAGCUCGUUCUACUCAAAGCACGAUGGACAAUGCCGCGACCAGGCGUCGAGAUGGCAGGGCUCCGACAGGCCCGGCGUCCUUUUUUUCUUCGCGGCCCACGGCGCCAGGGACGGAGAUGCGGACCAAUGGCACCGCAUGAACCUCCUCGAGAACUCGCUAAAGCAGACCUUCCACAUCCCCGCUCCGGAGAUCUACAUCCCCGACACCAUCAACGGAGCCGUAGCGAAACACAACGACAACCCCUUCUGUAUGCUCCUCCAAGGCAUCACCGAUGCCCAGAAGAAGACCCUCAUCGCCGAGAAAUGGCACGUCAAGAAAGGCCUCGCCGUACGCUUCCUCGACCCCACCCUCGCCCCGUCGACAUGGAUGGGCGCCUGGGAGAAGAACCAAGCCUUCGGGACGAUGAAGACCGAACAAAUCCUACCGUUCUUCCAAGCCGCUUUCCGCCGCGACCCCCUACGAGCCCGUACCUUCGAAACGAUUGAACGGGACAAGAAGCUAGGCCCUCUGAGUAAGUGGGGAGCGACCCCCCCGGAAGUCGCCUUCGCGCACAUCGUCAGAUCAGUCCGCAUUCGCAGCAUGCCGAGACAAACCGCAGGAGGAGCGAUCAACCCACUAAUCCAGCUGUACUGCGAAUCCCCGACCGCUCACCCGCAGGACUGGCACAUCUGGCGGGAAACCGUCAGGCAGCAGCCCUACAGCACGGACAAUGGCGCCAAAGCCGUCCUGAUCACGGAAGAAUUCCUCUGUAAACUCUGCCACUCCAUCGACCACCCCCUCGGUCUUUGCGAUCUCCCCUCCGUCCCCGGAUGGCUCGGCCCCUCCCGCGAAGAAGUACAAGCGGCCGCCAACGCAGACCACCGACGCGGCCCACCCCCCAAUAACGCUACGAGAGGACACGGAGGCGCCCGCGGAGGACACCGCGGCGGACACCACGGAGGUAGCUUCGGAGGCCAUAAUGGCGGAAACUACGGAAGUAACAGAGGUGGUAACCGAGGCGGAUACGGAGCGAGAGGACAGACGAGAUCGCGCACAGACACGACGACCCACGCAGACCUCCUCCAGGAGGCAAACGUCGACUGGUGGCACUCACGAUAA